UAGUAAAGCUGCGAUAAUUGAUAUUUAUCUAUUUAUCGAUUAAUACUAAAUUCUUCUGUAAUGGAAACGAUCGUAGAAUCACAAGAAAAGCCUUUGAAAGAAAAGCAAGUAGAAUGGAAGAAACGUUUGCGGGAACUUCAUACCAAAAGGAACGAAGCGAGACAAGAGAAUCACAAAGAAGUUGUUGAGGAAGAUAAAAGAAAUAAACUUCCAGCAAAUUGGGAAUCAAGAAAAAGACAAGCCGAAUGGAUAAUACAAGAUGAAGCCGCUAGGAAAAUUGCAGAAGAGAAGGGAGACGAUUAUGAAAGAAUUAAAUUACUUCAUAUAGAUGCAACAGAAGCAGAGCGCAUAGCAAGAAAAAAGAAAAACAAAAAGAAUCCAGAUCCAGGCUUUUCAGAUUAUGAACAAGCUGCUGUUCGUCAGUAUAAUAGAUUAGUUAAAAAUAUUAAGCCAAAUAUGGAAUCGUACGAAGAACUCAAAGAAAAACUUGGACCUGCAUUUUAUGGCGAUAAAAAUACAAUUUUGCAUGGCCUUCAUGAAGAUAAGAAAGAAGCAAUCGAUAAAAUGGUUGACAAUUUAGAAAAACAGAUUGCUAAACGAGAGAGGUAUAGCAGGAGAAGAAUGCACAAUGAUGAUGCAGAUAUUGAUUAUAUUAAUGAACGUAAUGCCAAAUUCAAUGAGAAGUUAGAAAGAUUUUAUGGCGAAUAUACCCGUGAGACCAAACUCAAUUUGGAACGUGGCACAGCUAUUUAACUUAUUUUUAUUGUAUAUAACUAGUACUUUAAGUGUUAUUUACUUUUCAAAAAAAAUAAUUAUAAAUAAAAGAUACAUUAUUUAAAUAUA